AUGUCUUGGAAAAUGCCUGUGAACCUAACUCUUAUAAUGAUGCUCCUAUGCCUAUUAUACCCUCUUCCUUGCCUAACACAAACAAAUCAUCAAUGUCUCCUUUCAUCUUGCGGCGAUAUACGAAACAUCACCUACCCUUUUCGUCUACAAGGUGAACCCAAAAACUGUGGAGAUCCAAACUAUGAACUUUCCUGCGAGAACAAUCAAACAAUACUAAAUCUAGACAAUGGAAAGUACUUUGUAGAAGCCAUCAACUACAAUAACUCCACAAUAAGGAUCAAAGAUUCAGGUGUCAACAAACACAAUUGCUCUUCCAUUCCUCUCUACACUUUAACAAAUGAAAGUUUCACUAUUGGAAAGCCUUAUAGCUUGUUAAAUGAGAAUAACAACUUAGUAACCGUAGCGUUUAUAAGCUGCGCAGCCUCGGUUAUUUCUCCUAUUUACAUGGAUACUUCAUCUUGUAUCAAAGGAUCAUUCAACUCUUCCAACUAUGCUGUGUUUGGUGACUUGAAGAUCUCUGAGCUGGAAGAUUCAUGCAGCAUACUUGUUAUGGUUAUGAUUUCAAAUUUGAACAAAGGUAAUAAUAAUAAUAAUAAUAAUAACAAGGUUUCAUAUGUGAAAAUCCAUCAGCAACUUGUUUAUGGCUUGGAGCUUUCUUGGAGUGAGAUAUUCUGCAAAGAGUGUCAAGGUAGGGGAUACUGUAAGUUGAACAACAAAAAUGAGGUCAUUGGUUGUUCACGAGGUCGACCAUGUAGUCGUGACGAUAUAUCCUCUUUUAAAUGUGCUUUAAAAGUGGUCAUCCAAGCAGCCAAAGAUGUGACUGAAGGUCCUCACAAAUUAAGCGGUAUCAUCGGAAUAAUUCUUCUUAUAAGAAUCAUAGGAGGAUUACUAUUUAUACCAAUGUACAUGAUAUAUAAAUGGAGAAGGAGGCAUUUAUCUGCGUAUGACUCGGUUGAAGAAUUUCUCAAAACUCACAACAAUCUCAUGCCAAUAAGAUACUCUUACUCAGACAUUAAAAAAAUGACAAAAGGAUUCAAGGAUAAACUCGGAGAAGGUGGCUACGGUUCUGUUUACAAAGGACAACUUCGCAAUGGUCACCUCGUAGCAAUCAAGAUGCUAGGUGGAAAAUCGAGAGCAAAUGGACAAGAAUUCAUCAAUGAGGUUGCUACCAUUGGAACAAUCCACCAUGUUAAUGUAGUUCACCUGAUUGGCUUUUGUGUCGAGAAAUCAAAAAGAGCGCUUGUUUAUGAGUUCAUGCCUAAUGGUUCUCUUGAGAAACACAUUUUCUCAAGAGAAAGAAUGGGUUCUUUGAGUUGUGAGAAAAUGUUUGAUAUAACGCUUGGUGUAGCGCGCGGUAUUGAAUAUCUGCAUAGAGGUUGUGACAUGAGGAUUUUGCAUUUUGACAUAAAGCCUCAUAACAUUCUUCUUGAUGCGAACUUUACUCCAAAGGUUUCGGAUUUUGGACUAGCAAAGUUAUAUCCAAUUGACAAAAGCAUUGUGUCGCUUACCGCUGCAAGAGGAACCAUGGGAUACAUGGCGCCGGAGUUGUUCUAUAAGAACAUUGGAGGAGUAUCAUACAAAGCAGAUGUUUAUAGCUUUGGAAUGUUGUUAAUGGAAAUGGUGAGUAGGAGAAAGAACAUGAACGAGAACGAAGAUCGCAAGAGCCAAGUUUAUUUCCCUUCUUGGGUUUACGAUCAAUUUAGCGAAGGGAAUGAAAUUGAAAUGGGGAAUGGUACAGAAGAGGAGGAGAGGAUAUCAAAGAAGAUGAUAAUAGUUGCGCUAUGGUGUAUACAAAUGAAACCAAGUGAUCGUCCUUCGAUGAACAAAGUAGUCGAGUUGCUUGAAGGAGAUGUUGAGGCCUUAGAAAUGCCGCCAAAGCCAUUUCAAACUCCAAAAGGAAUGGCUGGACAAGGCAUUGGACAAUUCAGAAAUCUACCUUGGUUGUUACCCGGGGAAUCUACAAAUUCACUUACCAUUGUUAUAAAUAGACGAUGA